AUCAAUGUAGUGAAACGCAUUCCCAAUUCCCACUCUCGUCUCGUCGCCGUUUUUUCCCGUUCGAGUUCGAAAUCAACCAGCUGUUUAAACGACCCAUACCACAGAAGGUUCAUUUUUUUUCGUACGAUUUCAAAUUGCGAUAAUAAACACUCCGGUAUCGGUUUGUCAGUUAAAUUUCGUAAUAUUGUGCCAUCGAAUUUUAAUCUUCUCCGAACAGCUCCUGCAUCAACAUCUCUCCACUUCACCGGUGAAUUACAUAGUUUUUUGGACGCUCGCGUUGUGCACUUGUGUUUGAAGCUGGCUUAUUAUUAUCAUAGCUGAAAAAACCGAUUCUUCUUCUACCUGGUUGUGAUUUUUCGCGGUACCUGUACCUGUAUCUGAACCUCUGAACCUACUCUUCUAGCUACUUACUAGAUAAGCAACGAUGCAAGCGCAAAUUCAAUCUCAAUCAUCAUAUUUUGAUGUUACUAAAGUAGUGAACUUUCUGAAAUCACACCCGAUCUUGGUCGCUUUACUCGUUGUAGUUUGGGUGCUUUUCCUCUUAUCGCUUCCGUUUCUUUUCCUGUCGAUUCCAUUCUUUCUGUUUUCGCUUCCAUUUAUUCCUUUCUCGUUACCUUACCUUUUCUUUUCGAUUCCCUGGUUCAUUUUGUUCGCUAGUUUUUGGAUUAUCGUAUGGUUCGUCGUGAUCCGUUAUCUUUUGCAAAUACCUGCUUUCGCUGCUCUUGCUGUACGAGUUGGCGAUAUUUUCCAUUUGAUUGCUUCCCUCUUCUCCAAAUUAGGAAAUAAUAUUUCUGGAAUGAAACUUAGUAACUCGACCAAGGUGGAACAGCCUUGAUCUGACGACGUCUUCGGUUUGUCAGAAUCUACGUAUAUAAAUAUCAUUCGAUCAAACCAUUAGUUAGUUCUUCCAUCAUCUCUACAUUUAUUCAAAUAAGUAUCUACUUAAAACCUACCUACAUAAUAUAAGGAAAAAUCAUGGAUAACGAAGGAUCAAAUUUGGAACGAUUGGACGGUUUCGUGCAAUGCUUCUUCUUAGCCCAGAUCAUCGGUUUGGGGCUCAUCAUCGGAGUAUUUUAUUGGAGCAUCGCGUUCGGUGGCGGUUUCAGUUUAUCAGGCGCAGCUCUGUUUAAUUGGCAUCCUUUGCUGAUGACUAUUGGAAUGAUAUAUCUGUGUGGUAACGCCAUCCUCACCUUCCGAGCUUUCCGCAACCUGCACAAGAUCAAGUUGAAAUUGAUACACUCUUCGAUAAACGGCGUUGCUUUGGUGUUCAUAGUCCUAGGAGCUGUUGCUGUUUUGGCAAACCAUAUAGAAUCCGGCAUAGCCAAUUUUUACUCGAUUCACAGCUGGGUCGGUCUUACAGCUGUUUUGUUAUACGUUGCUCAGGCUGUAAUCGGCUUCAUCGCUUUCCUAAUUCCUGGCCUGGCGAGCCCGACUAAGGCCAAAUUGUUGCCCUAUCAUGUGUACGUUGGUCAUGCUGUAUUUGUUAUCGGAUCGGUCGCAGCUGUGUCCGGAAUCAACGAGAAGGCCGUUUUUAAAAUGCCGAACACUUACUCGGAACUUGGAUCAGAGGCUGUGUUAUUGAACUUGUUGGGCUUGUUGUUCGUCGCUUUCGCCGCUGUUGUCACCUAUAUCAGCACAAAUGUCUUCUACAAACGCUAUUCCCAUCCUGAAGAUAGCGAAUUGCUCGCCAAAACGUCAUAAAUCGCUGACCUGAUAUCGCCAAUGCUACCGAACCGUCAUCAUUAGAGCUCUCUUUUCUUUAUUAUUUCCAUAGCUGCUGUUAAUGAAUCUCGAAAUUGAAUAUCAUUUUGUCGUACGAUACUUAUCACGUAUUCUAUCUAUGCUUCGAUGUGUGAGCGCCCCUUUUUAUAAUUCAGUAUAAAUAUCGCAGAUGGCCUUCAGUUAUCUUUGUUAUUUUUACCUACCGUCGUUAUGUUUACCUUUAAUCGUUGUGUAUUUGUUAAUACUGAAUUUUAUUUUAUUUAUUUAUCUAUCUGCCUCAAAAAGAUGAGUUCGAACGCACAAAUAUGUACUAUUGCAAGUGAUCUCGUUCUACUUUGCAGUUGAAGAAAAAAAUCUGUUUAGAAAAAAAUCAAAAAUUAUUUUUAGCGCAAAUUCAAUGUUUUCUUUUUUUCUCGUGUAUUAUUAUUAUUUUCGUCGUCGUUAAGUUUCCUUUAUUUUUAAUUUAUUUAUUAUAUUUUUUUUUUGAUUUUUUA